GCCGAGAGAGCAGACAGCCGCAGGCCAGAGAGAAACUGUGAAGAUCUCACUUCCAAGACUGGGAGUUGCUUAUGGGCACCUGGGGAAAAGCAGGAUUCUUAGAAAGCUUACGAAAAGGACCCAGAAUCUAUGCCUAUUUAUGAUCCGUCAAGGAAACCAGACAAACCCACAGAUGGCUCUAGCAAAGAUGCUGUGAGUGCGGAAGCUCAGUGGACUCGUGACCCAGUCUCGGGAGUGCGGGACACUUCCUAAAGGAACUGGUGCUCCUACGUGGUGACCCGAACCAUCUCAUGCCACGUGCAAAAUGGCACCUACCUUCAGCGAGUGCUGCAGAAUUGCCCCUGGCCCAUGAGCUGCCCGGGGAACAGGUUGCCCUGGAGAGCUUCCUGGGGGAGGGAUUCCAUCCCACACCCACAUGCCUUCAUGUAGUGAACGUUCAGUGCCGGGAGCAAGCCAGCCCAGCUUGCAGGGGCCUCCUCUUCAGCUGCUACAGAACUGUCGUGAGACCCACGUACAAGGUGAUGUACAAGACAGUGACCGCCCGUGAGUGGAGGUGCUGCCCCGGGCACUCAGGGGCGAGCUGCGAGGAAGGCUCUUCUGGCCUUGUGGAGCCCAGGUGGUCAGGCAACGCCAUGCGGCAGAUGGCACUUCGGCCCGCCGCCUUCACAGGUUGUCUCAACUGCAGCAAAGUGUUGGAGUUGUCAGAGCGGCUGAAGGUGCUGGAGGCCAAGGUGGCGGUGCUGGCUGUCACUGAGCAGGCAGUGCCCCCAACCCCAGCUGCCCCCAAGGAUCCUGCCCCACUCUGGGGCUCGCCAGCUGCCCAGGGCAGCCCGGGGGAUGGAGGCUUCCAAGAUCGAGGUGGUGCCCGGGGGCUCCCUGGGCCCACUGGCCCCAAGGGCGACACCGGAAGCCAGGGCCCAAUAGGGAUGAGAGGCCCACCAGGUCCACAGGGCCCUCCAGGGAGUCCUGGCCAGGCUGGAACUGUGGGCACGCCUGGAGAGAGGGGACCUCCAGGCCCACCAGGGCCUCCUGGCCUCCCUGGGCCACCAGCCCCUGUUGGACCUCCUCACGCCUGGAUCUCCCAGCAUGGCGACCCACUGCUGUCCAAUACCUUCACUGAGACCAGCAGCCAUUGGCCACAGGGACCAGCUGGGCCCCCAGGCCCCCCGGGGCCCGUGGGUCCCCCUGGACUUCCUGGUCCCAUGGGCGUCCCUGGGAGUCCUGGACACAUGGGACCCUCAGGCCCCACUGGACCCAAAGGGAUCUCCGGCCACCCAGGAGAGAAGGGCGAAAGAGGACUGCGUGGGGAGCCGGGCGCCCGAGGGUCCAGGGGGCAGCGGGGAGAACCUGGCCCCAAAGGAGACCCUGGUGAGAAGAGCCACUGGAACCAGAGGGGUCGGGGGCAGGCCCCGCCGAUUCGGGCACCGCCAGCCUCCUGCGGGGCAAGAGGGGAGGACACACAGCCAACUACCGGAUCGUGGCCCCCAGAAGCCGCAACGAGAGAGGCUGAGGAGAGUGUGGCCCCUCGGGGUGGGCCAGGAGCUGCCUCCAGGGACUGCCCAUCCAUAUUUAUUAAUGUCCUCAGGGUCCCCUCUGCCGCCUAGGCCUUUGGGGUAGGCGGGUCUUGUCCUGGCACCCCGUGCACAUUUGCCUCCUCUGAGGCUAAGCAGGGGCUAUGGCGUGAGAGGGAGGGGUGGCUCAGGUGAGAGGUGAGGCCUUGCUCAGGACUCUGGGCCUGUUUCCCUUUGUGACGUGGGGUGAUGAAGGCCUGCAGGGAGCGGGUAACAGGCUCUAGGCUUCGGACUCACCAGCUGCCUGGGCAUCUAAGCCCACAGGCACUGAAGGCAUCAGAAGCUGGGGCUCUCCUGGCCCUCAGCACAGGCAGGGGUGAUUGGGGGGGGCAGUCUUGCCUUCCCUGCCCCCUAGCCGAACCUUGGGCAGUCCAUGCGAGCCCCUCCUUUUCUUGAUUUCUGGUGCUGGGUUCCCACCCUGAGCUCAAGCUGCCUGCCCUGGCAGGAUGUUGGGGGCUCCUUGCCUCUGUCCUAACUCCUGACCCCCUGUCCCUUCUAUGUCCCAGGGAAGGUGUGUGGUCAUGGGGAGGGAGGGGGCCCCCUGGAGGAGGAUAUCUGCAGGCUAAUAAAGGCCCCCAGCCUUAUUUCCCAUUC